GGGAUACUUUGAGGAUCAAUGUGAAUUUAAAAGGUAUCCCCAAAGACACGACCACAGUCCUUCCAUCUGUCAGAUUCUCGGUGUUUUAUAGAUUAUGAGUCGUACACUCUAAAAUAUGUCCACGGGCAUGGUUUCGGUUGUCUAAUCUCACCUCUGACUACUGGCUAACUAUGUGAGCUCAUGCUAGCUCUGUUGUAUCAACAUUCACCCAGGCUGAGGCUGCGGCGCAGCAGCAGCGGGAGCAGCGGAGCCACUGAGCCGACGAUCAUUUCCGACAGCUCCGUAUGGAUUUGACGUCGGCAUACAUUGUUGCUUGAUGUUUUUCAAAGGGUCGUUAUCGGGCUAUUUCGAAGAUGAGGGAACCGUGUGACCUUAAGCACUUCGUGAAGUGUGCCAUCACUUUGGAGGGCUCAUUUCACUGAUUUGGAAUAUUCUUGUCCAGCAGCCUCUUGAGGCCCACUAAUCCUAGAUGAGUUUCUCAAUGGACACUUUACUCAGAGAGGAGGGGAGUGGUACCUCGGUAAAGGUUGAGGGUCUAUCCAAAGCAGCUCUAAUCAAAAGCCUAUCUCCUAGAGUGAUGCUGUCCAACCAUUUUUUGCCUAAAGGGACCAAAACCAAGGUCAACCUGGAGGAUCAGGGUCGUCAGAAAGUGUCCUUCAGCUUCUCACAGACCAAGAAGCCACUGCAGAGCCUGUUCUUUGUUCCUGCCAGUCCUGACAAGUCUGUCACUGAACCUCUGGCUGCCUUGUCACAGUCACCCACAAACAAAGGAGGGCAGAGUACAGAUGGCAAAACUGAACAAAAGCAGACACCCAUGGUGCCAAUAUCAGUCACUGAGACACCUCAAACACCAGUCUCCCCAGUCACUAAAUUGAAACCAGACUUGGCAAAGAUGCAUUUCAAGAAGCAAAUUCUUAGUAUUUCUGUGACUGAAGAGAAAUCUGUUUUGCCAGAAGACCAGCAUUCAACUGAAUUACCGGGUUUUCAGAAGUCUGCAAGUAAGAAAUCUGUUUUGCCAGAAGACCAGCAUUUAACUGAGUUACCGGGUUUGCAGAAGUCUGCAAGUAAGAAAUCUGUUUUGCCAGAAGACCAGCAUUCAACUGAAUUACUGGAUUUGCAGAAGUCUGCAAGUAAGACAUCUGUUUUGCCAGAAGACCAGCAUUCAACUGAGUUACUGGGUUUGCAGAAGUCUGCAAGUAAGAAUGCUACUGAAUUCCCUAUACCCGAGCCUCAGAAUAUUGUUAAUGUUUGUCUAUCUGAGAGUGCUCUCAUUGAAGCCUCUGAGACGAGGGUAUCCUUGUGCCACAAGAAGCCUACUGCCUCCUCAGGAAAAGUUGGAGAUGCUUUCAGCAGUACUGAGCAGAAUAACAAGGUAUCCCAAAGGAAAACCAGGUCAGAAUCUGAUGGAGAUUCAGUGGAGAUGUCUUCCAGUCGCAAAUCUGUUGAUUCCAAAAGUAAAAACUCUGACAGCAGAAUUAAAGAAGUAAAAAAGUCUUCCUCUAUUUCACAUGUGGAGGAGAAGGAGAAGAUUUCCUCAAAGUGGGCAGAGAAUCAUGAAAGAUCUUCUAGUUAUUCCAAAUCAGACCGUGAUUCUAGACACACAUCAUCUCGGUCAGCUCGAUCAGACAAAGAUCGCAGAAGGUCCAGGUCUAGGUCGCGAUCACGAUCACGAGGGUCUCGAACUAGUUCAUCGCACUCGAGAUCAGAGAGGUCCAGAGGAGACAGAGGAUCACGCUCUGAAAGAUCUUACUAUCACGACUCUGACCGGAGAUCACACAGGAGUUCACCACGCAGAGAGAGAAGGUCCUCUCGGUCUCGCACUGACAGAACUCGAGAUAGUUCUGACUCAGAGGAUGACCAUAGAAAGACGAGGACAAGGACAAGCGAUUCAAGUAGAUCGUCUGUCCAUUCUAGCUCUCAUAAAGAGUCAAAGACAUCCUAUUCAAAAUCUGAGAAAGCCCAUAAAUCUUUAGAUUCUCCUCAUUCUUCAGAGAUGGAUCGAAGGACACAAUCAUCAAAAUCUGAAAGGACUUCAAAGCGAUUAUCAGACUCUGAUUCCCAGCGUAAAUGGUCUCCUGAUCUGGACCCAAGUUACCGGAAAUCUAGUACCCAUCACAAGUCAAAGACCGACAGCAAAUCCUCAUCCUUCAGUAUGCAUACUCACUCCCAAACAUAUGAAAAAUUCCAUAAAAGUAGCUCCAGUGAGUCUGAAGGAGAUCAUAGGGGAAAAUUCCAGUCGUCAAACAGAGGCUCUGGCUCAGAUGAGAAGAGUAAAAACUCUUUAAUGAAAUCCAGUAGGCCGGACUCAAAACACACAACACUUUCUAGUUCUUCUGCAAAUACCACUGGAUAUGAUAGACAAUCAGAUGAUAUGGUUCAGAGUCCUGAAAAGGCACUGCCCUGUGCAGCUGCCACAUAUGUUUCUCAGAGUGAAAAAGAAAAAUCAGAUUUCAACUGGGACGCAACUGAACGUAUUGAUCAGCAUGAUAGAGAGAUGGUUUCAUGUACUGAAAAACAUUUGCAAGAAUCAUCACCCAAAAGACCAGAAGAAUCCAAAUUAGGUCUUGAAGAUGAGAAAGAAAAUGUCUCAAAUAUAACAUCAAGUGAAAGCCUAAAAGACGUAAAUGCUGCCCUGGAAAACUUGACUGAUGUGAAGGAUGGCCUCUUGUCUAACAAUUAUACACAUGUGAACUCUCCUGCAGCUGUUUUAGGCUCAUGCAGUAGUAAUGAUAGUAUAGUGUGCAGCCAGGACAAGAGAGUCUUUGACUGUUCAUCAGGGCCAAUGUCUCUACCUGAUACCGCAGAUGUACCCAUCACACAUGAUGUAUGGCAGAACACUAAACCAGAGAUUGUUGAGCUGAAUACAGUUGAUGAGCAGUCUGACACAGGUAUACCACCUAAAUUGGAGUCAUCACAUCUUGAAUCUGAGAACCAGCUAAUAUGUGGCCUGCAAAGUAUUGAUGCUGUUAAAAAGAGCAGUGCCAGGAAGUCUCGGUGGGAUAUUGUUGGGCAGAAUACUUCUGAGAGUGAUCUUUCACAGAGGGCAUUCAGUGUAGAGAAUAAACCUACUGUUAAAAAAGUAAUAUCUGUCAAAAAGAUAGAGUUUUCUAAAGAGAGUAACCAACAAGACUGUGACAUUCAAGAUACUAUUGGAGAAGAAGCUGAAAGACAUUCCACACUGGUCAAGCAGACUGAGAUCUCUAAGCAGCAGGUUUGCUUAGACAGCAUGUCCAUGGCUGAUAAAUACAAAGACCAAAGUGAGCCAUCACAAGCAACAACCAGGAUUGACUGCUGUGUCUUAAAACCGACUUCUCUUCAAACAAUGAGUAUGGAUGGGCCUCUGUGCAUAGAUGAUACAUCACAGGUUGAUACAGCUGCAAAUAUUAAGAGUUGGAACGGAAAUGAUCCUCAUGGAAAACCAAUGGAUACUGAUAAAAAAAGUCAAUUGAUCAAGGGAGCAUCACCUCAACAGGAUACAUUAGGAGGAGAGAGCGAGGCCAGUGAUAGUGACAACUCAGAAUACGACUCAGAUUGUGAUGAGGCUAUAAAGCGAUUGCACUCUGUGGUGGUGGUCCCAAAAAAUUCUUCUCUUACAAUGGCUACACGGAACACUGGAGCUUCAUGCAGUCCUACAAAUAUUUCUGAGCUGCACAGCGAUAAUAUAGCAGCUCAUGUUAAUGCCCCUGAAAACUCAAAUCAAUUUGGCUCCCAACAAAGGCGAGGUAGCUCUCCCAGUCUAUUUGGGGAGACCAGUGAUCCAUGUGCUGGUAUAAAUGACUCAUCCACCAGCAGUAUGUUGUGUCUGUCCCAGAGUAAUAUGAUUGAUAGUACCAGUCACUCAGAAGGUUCCAGCACUGUCAGUGCCCUGCCUUACAUAGUUGGCCACAUCAGUGCGCACGGAAGUGCCACAGAUUCUGCCCGCAGUCUUGAUGAUUUCCGACAACAUGAACAAGAGCAGAAACGGCAAAGUUCAAGCAGCAGAAAUGAACAGAUGUACUCCCAUUAUCAACGUGGGGAGUUGUCAAAUGCUGACAAUAUCAGUGACAAGAAUGAAGUAAACCUGGGUUGGGAUUUUUCACAACUAGAGCAGCCAAGCAGUACAUACCAACAACCUGAUAGCAGUCAUGGGCCACAGUUAUCAAAUACCAAACUGACAGAAAAUUCUCUUGAGGAACAGGAGCACAGGCAGAGUAAUGCUUUGUGGAACCAUCAAUCCCCACACAUGCAGACCAGCAGGAAACCCUACCUCCAAGCACAAGAACAUUAUCAGGAUCCUGCAGGUGAAAUCCAUCCUGAUUCCCUAACGAAUGACCAUGGUGACUACAGUGGGGAUUUACAGGGGCACGAAAUAAGUAGUAACAGCAGGGGUUCUGUUGUCCCUGACCCUCCAAGAGAAGACCAUUUUAAACCUCACAGAGGCAGAGGGCCACCCAAAAAAAGACGCCCAGAGAUUGAGUCUGAUUCAGACAAUGAGGCAGAGGCUGGGCCAGCAGGCAAAAAGGAGCGCCACGGUGAUUUUGACAUCUCGAAGGAAACGCUUGUCAAAGCUGAGGUGGUCCUUCCAUCACUCGCUCUGCAGGACUUUCAAGAUGCCAGUAAAUGGAGAGACCUGGCCAAGUCAAAAAAGAUGCCUCCUUACUUUGACUUGAUCGAGGAGAAUCUAUACUUGACUGAGAGAAAGAAGAGCAAAUCUCAUCGAGAUAUCAAGAGAAUGCAGUGUGAGUGUCCAAUGCUGUCGAGAGAGGAACGUUCAAAGGGAGCAUUCUCAUGCGGGGAAGACUGUUUAAACCGGCUGCUGAUGAUUGAGUGCUCAUCACGGUGUCUGAAUGGACUGUACUGCUCCAAUCGACGGUUUCAGAUGAAACAACAUGCAGACUUUGACGUUAUCCUCACAGAAGAUAAAGGUUGGGGACUGCGUGCUGCUAAAGACCUGGCUCCAAACACCUUUGUGCUGGAAUACUGUGGUGAGGUCUUGGACCACAAGGAGUUCAAAACCAGAGUGAAAGAAUACGCUCGCAAUAAAAACAUCCAUUAUUACUUCAUGGCUUUAAAAAACAAUGAGAUCAUUGAUGCAACACUGAAGGGUAACUGCUCUCGGUUUAUGAACCACAGCUGUGAGCCCAACUGUGAGACUCAAAAGUGGACUGUUAAUGGUCAGCUUAGAGUUGGGUUCUUCACCACCAAGGCUGUCGGUGCUGGAACUGAACUGACAUUUGAUUAUCAGUUCCAGAGAUACGGCAAAGAGGCACAGAAAUGCUUCUGUGGUGCACCCAGCUGCAGAGGCUUCCUGGGUGGAGAGAACAGAGUCAGUGUUCGAGCUGCUGGAGGGAAGAUGAAGAAAGACCGUAGUCGAAAGAGUGCUCUCACCACAGUCGAUGAGGAACUGGAAGCAUUACUGGAGAAUGGAGAAGGCCUGUAUGAUGAGAAACAGGUGGUGUCUCUCUGCAGGCUAAUGGUCCGAGUGGAAACCAUGGAGCAGAAACUCACAUGUCUCAAGCUCAUAAGAGAUACUCAAAAUACAUCAUGCCUAAAACAAUUCUUGGACCAUCAUGGAUUGUCUUUGCUGUGGAUCUUCAUGGUGGAGCUUUCCGAAGCUAAAGGCAACAGUGCCAAUAAUGUCAAAUUACAGUUAGAGAUUAUGACGACCCUGGCUGUCCUUCCGAUCUCAACUAAGAACAUGUUGGAGGAGAGUAGAGUCCUGACCUUUAUUCAGCGUUGGGCCCAAACAAAAACUCUCCCUCACCCUGCUGAGAUGGAUGGCUACUCCAGUGAGAACACCUCCCGUGCUCAAACACCCCUCAACACUCCUGAUGGUUCCUCCACCAAAAUGGGACCAGAAUUGGAUGCCGACGCCUCCAAACCUGCUGUGUACCGCCGCCUUAAAAUCAUCAGUGAAAACAGUCUGGACAGUGCACUAUCUGAUGCCAGCAAAGCUUCUGAUGGGAAGGAGGAGGAGGAGGAAGAAGACGAUGAUGAUGAAGAAGAUGAAUCCUCAAAUGCAACACAUCCGGACGUCAAACAACUAACAGCAGAACCAGUGUGUGAAACUGCAGAACCAACAAAAGAUACAAUUGAAGAGUCAGAGAAGGAGGAGAAACAGGAACAAACAGCAAUGUCCACUAGCAGCCAGGACCAACCUCAAACUGAGGAGCUAAAAGACAAAAUGGAGUUGGAAGUGGAGGAUAUGGACAUUGAGAAGAAAGAGGACACAACUGAUGGUCUGAAGGAUGAACUUCAGAAUGAGUCAAAUGAAACGAGUGACAAACAGGAAGGAGAAGGGGAACAAAACAGUCUGGUUGUGACAGAAACAACUGAAAUGGAUAGUGACCAGUCUGCUGUAAAGGUUCUAGAGUCAGAGAGUGAGCCCACCAAUACAGAAGUUGCUGAUGUUUCAUCUGUGCCACCACAAGAGCAGAUGGAAGUCCAGAUUGAGAUGGAAGAGGUUGACAAAGCUCCUCUUGGCAAUGAAGCACAACCUUUUGAAUCUACUUCUGAUGCCCCCCCAAGUGUUGAGAUCAUAGAGGCCAGUAUGCCCUUGGAGGUAUCAGUGGCCCCCGUGGACCCAUCAGUGAUAGGAACUCCUUCUCAGGAUGAAGAGGAAGGUGUCUCAGAUGUAGAGAGUGAGAGGAGUCAAGAGCCCCAGCUCACUGCUUUGGACAUUUGUGGCAUGGCUGCCAGGCUUCUGGAAAGCUGGAAGGAUCUAAAGGAGGUGUACAGAAUACCAAAGAAGAGUCAGGUGGAAAAGGAGGCAAGUGAUCGCAGCCGAGAUCGAGAGACAGCUUUAACACCACGCGCCACGUCUGGUAGCCGAGAACGUGAAAGGGAGCGUGAGAGGGAGAGAGAGCGUGACAGAGACAGAGAUUAUGACAGAGAUCGAGAUCGAGACUGGGACAGGGACAGAGAGAGGGAUCGCGAUCGGGACCGAGAUCGUGAUCGUGAUAGAGAUCGUGAUCGUGAUCGGGACCGAGAUCGGGAAAGAGACCGCGAUCGAGAUCGAGGCUCUGACAAAACUCCCCGCAGCACUGAAAGGCGGAGAAGACGCUCUCCUUCCCCACCAUCAUCUUAUGACAGGAGCAGCCGACGCACUGAGGAACGGUUUGAUCCAUCUAACAGCAACAAGACACCAAGGGGAGUUGGUGGCAAAGAGCGCAACAAGUUGUCGACAGAGGAACGCAGAAAACUCUUUGAGCAGGAGGUUGCUCAGAGGGAAGCCCAGAAACAACAACAACUUCAGCAGCAGCAGCAGCAACAGCAGCAGCAGCAGCAGCAGCAGCAACAACAGCAGCAGCAGCAGCAGCAGCAGCAGCAACAACAACUACAAGCUAUGGCUUAUGACCCUGCUCUAGCCUACGUCUCCAGCCCUGGCUUCAUCACUUACCCCCCUGGAUAUCCCAUCCAGACCUUUGUGGAUCCCACCAACCCAAAUGCAGGUAAAGUGUUGCUCCCCACUCCUGCAAUUGAUCCUGCCUUGAGCUAUGAACAGACUCCUCCUCAGCAUCUCAUCUCAGAUAUGGGACUGACCUCUCCAUCCUCCACUUCCCAAGCUACUCCAGUUUCCAGUCUUCCUCAGCACAUCACCACCACCAACCUCUCAACUGGAAACCCUCAGCAGUAUGCCCAGCCAGCUGUAGCAACGCAGGAUGGAGGUGUAGCUGUCCUCUCUGUUCCGGCCCAAACACCCCCUCAGGUACAGAGCCAGCAGAGCUACACCACUCUUUGGGACCCCACCACUCAGCAAGCUGUGACUUUGCAGACCCAGCCAGCGCAACAGUAUGCCACAGCUCCAGCACCACCCCAAACACAGACCGCUAUCUAUUACCAAGGCCAGCCAUGCCAAACUAUCUACAGUAUCCCUACUGCCUACCCACAGGCUAACGCUCCAGUCAUACAGGCAUACACUGAACCCACAGCCAGCUACCUACAUGGCCAGCCAGUGUAUCCUGGCCAUCAACAAGGAGUGGUGGUGCAGCAGGGAGGCACCGUCACUACAAUUGUUACAUCCCAAACUGUGCAACAGGAAAUGAUUGUACCCAACAAUGUGAUCGACCUUCCUCCACCAUCUCCCCCCAAACCCAAAACUAUUGUCCUACCUCCCAACUGGAAAGUGGCUCGGGACCCUGAGGGCAAGAUCUACUACUACCAUAUUGCCACCAGGCAAACACAGUGGGACCCUCCAACAUGGGAAGGAAGUAGCGAUAGCACUAGUGUGGACCAUGAAUCUGAGAUGGACCUGGGAACACCAACGUAUGACGAGAAUCCCUCCAAGUUUUCCACAAAGACGGCUGAAGCAGACACCUCAAGUGAACUGGCUAAAAAGAGUAAAGAGACGUUUCGCAAAGAGAUGUCCCAGUUCAUCGUGCAGUGUUUAAAUCCUUAUCGAAAGCCAGACUGCAAAUUGGGACGCAUCAGCAACACUGAAGACUUCAAACACCUGGCUAGAAAGCUCACACACGGAGUUAUGAAUAAAGAGCUGAAGGCUUGCACCAAUCCUGAGGACCUUGAGUGUAACGAGAAUGUGAAGCACAAGACCAAGGAGUACAUCAAGAAGUACAUGCAGAGGUUCGGCUCCGUGUACAGGCCGAAGGAGGACACAGACGUGUACUAGCCUCAGAGGCCAGAUGUGUUCCACUUGCUUUGCAUUAACACAGGACAAGCACAGAUUUGCCUUUCCACCCACUCCUUCAUGUAUGAACUGGUCAGCCUGAACCAUGAAGUAGUUUCUUAGCUGUAUUUAUGACUAAGAAUUGCACUGCUGCCCAAGGAGCUCUCCAGGCCCAGUGGAUCAGGGGGGAGCCCUGACCUGGAGACUGUUAGAGACUCGACUCGCUGCUGUAUGACCUGAGACUCCAUCCAGAUGCAGUGUUGUUAAAGGAUGACACUGAGGGGUGCUACAGAGACCGAAGUUCUCAUUAAUCGUUUGAUUUUAAGCAUUUUGUUCCAUUUGUGGCUCUUAAAUAUUACCAAAUGAUCACUUCAAUUCCACUUUUAAACUCUUCUGUCUCUGAAUGAGGGUUACUCCGUUGAAUCAGCUUUGUUAUUGCACAUAUCAAAUUAUUUCACGUUCCUCUGUUUCCCACAAUGUAACAGUCACAGGUAGUCCCACCCCCUCCUAUAUUUUGAGGCAUGUUUCAUCCUCCCCUCUGCCACCGUUUCUGUAUCUGGUGCUGCUUUUAACUGAGCAGUGGAGGUCCAAGCUUCCACUCCUCAAACCCUGCCUUGUUAACCAUACAAUUCCUGAGCCUGUGUUGUUACUCGAAAGCAUGAUGUAGGCUGAAGUAAAGAGUGGUGUCAGUGUGGAUAUUCUUACAUUUUUCCAUGUCUCCUACUUCAAGUAAUUUGCUAUUCCCAGGAUGAGCUUUUUACUUGUCACAAAUCAUCCAGUGUCUAGCAAGUUGGCAAAGGGUUCUAGAUUGAUAUUUACAUGUAUUUUAUCAAUUUAUGUAUUAUUAUAUUGAUAAUAAUAAUAAUAAUAAUAUUGGGAGCAGGGUUUGAAUGCCAUGUUUGUUGUGCUGUUUAGCUGUGUGUCAGUUUUCCCCUCAUUUCCUGUCCAACACCUCUCCGCAACGUGUUAGUUUGCAGUUUUAAAAGUUCCUAAAACAUGAAGUGUGAUUAGGUUCGUUUUAUAGCUCUUGGUCCCGAGUUCGACUCAAAACCGUUUCAUAUUAAUUUGUGUUUCACAGUGGUCAAGGUAGUCUCAUUAGCAUUAGGUUACUGACUUGUUGCAGCCUAUUAAAUUGCAUUAAACAAGGUUUUCAACAUAUGUACAUUGCUUUAUAUGUGAAUAUAUUGAAUAAUAGUUUUGGGAGCGUUUAAAUAAGCAGACACUUUGUUAAAGGACUAUCAUUUUAUGAUUGAAAGUGUAAAUAAUAUGUAAAAUUACCAAAGCUGUACACAGGAGACAAGGGUCAGGGAGCACAGUGAGCCCACCCGUCCUCACCAGCUCAGUCCUCCUGAUGAUGCAGUUACCACAUCAGUCUGUCAAACUUAAGACCCCACUGACUCGCAGCCCUUUAUUUUAUUUCAGUGGUGGGGGUGAUUUCCCAUGUUUUCUUUCUUAUUUUUCUAUGUACAAAGUAAGUUUCACCCUACUCUACUGUAAGUAUUGUGUAAGCACAUUGUCAUACUGAGUGUACAAACAUUUUAAAAGAUAAUAAACUUUUUUGUAAAAUUA